AUGGCGGCAGCGGCGGCGGCGGCGGCGGCGGCCGCGGUGGGCGUCAGGCCCCGCGCUUCCUGCAGCCGGGGCGCGGUGCUCCUGCUCUUCUUCUCUCUGUCUCCUCGGCCCCCGGCCGCCGCCGCUUGGCUGUUGGGUCUGCGGCCUGAAGACACGGCGGGAGGCCGCGUGUCCCUGGAGGGGGGCACCCUGCGCGCGGCCGAAGGCACCAGCUUCCUCCUGCGCGUCUAUUUCCAGCCGGGCCCCGGCGCGUCCGCCGCGCCCGCGCCCACCGUGGCCCCGGCGGAGAACAGCACGGGCGACUGGGCCCCCCGGCUCGUGUUCAUCGAGGAACCCCCCGGAGGGAGCGGCGGGACGCCCAGCGCGCUCCCCACGCGCUCCCCGGGCCCGCAGCGCUGCCGCGAGCAGAGCGACUGGGCGUCCGACGUGGAGGUCCUGGGGCCCCUGCGUCCCGGGGGCGUGGCGGGCUCGGCCCUGGUCCAGGUGCGGGUGCGAGAGCUGCGCAAGGGCGAGGCGGAGCGCGGCGGCGCGGGCCGCGGCGGGAAGCUCUUCUCGCUGUGCGCCUGGGACGGGCGCGCUUGGCACCACCACGGCGCCGCCGGCGGCUUCCUGCUGCGCGUCCGCCCGCGGCUCUCCGGCCCCGGUGGGGACCUGCUGCCGCCCGCGUGGCUGCGGGCGCUCGGAGCGCUCCUGCUGCUGGCCCUGUCCGCCCUGUUCAGCGGCCUGCGCCUGAGCCUGCUCUCGCUGGACCCGGUGGAGUUACGGGUGCUGCGGAACAGUGGCUCGGCCGCCGAGCAGGAGCAGGCGCGCCGCGUGCAGGCCGUGCGCGGCAGGGGGACCCAUCUGCUCUGCACUCUGCUCCUGGGCCAAGCCGGAGCCAACGCGGUCCUGGCCGGCUGGCUCUACGCCUCGCUGCCGCCGGGCGUUGGGGACACCGGGGAAGACGACGGCGAUGCCGGGGUUCACUUCCCGUGGCUGCCCGCGCUCGUGUGCACCGGCGCCGUGUUCCUGGGAGCCGAGAUCUGUCCUUACUCGGUGUGUUCCCGCCACGGGCUGGCCAUAGCCUCGCACAGCGUGUGCCUGACCCGGCUGCUGAUGGCGGCCGCCUUCCCCGUGUGCUACCCGCUGGGCCGCUUGCUGGACUGGGCGCUGCGCCAGGAGAUCAGCACCUUCUACACGCGGGAGAAACUGCUGGAGACGCUGCGGGCCGCGGACCCUUACAGCGACCUGGUAAAGGAGGAACUCAACAUCAUCCAGGGCGCCCUGGAGCUGCGCACCAAGGUGGUGGAGGAGGUGCUGACCCCGCUGGGAGACUGCUUCAUGCUGCGCUCCGACGCCGUGCUGGACUUCGCCACCGUCUCCGAGAUCCUGCGCAGCGGCUACACGCGCAUCCCCGUGUACGAGGGCGACCAGAGGCACAACAUCGUGGACAUUCUGUUUGUCAAAGACUUGGCCUUCGUGGACCCCGAUGACUGCACUCCGCUUCUCACCGUCACCCGCUUCUACAACCGGCCUUUGCACUGCGUCUUCAAUGAUACACGGCUGGACACGGUGCUGGAGGAGUUUAAAAAGGGAAAAUCUCACCUGGCCAUUGUGCAGCGUGUGAAUAAUGAAGGAGAAGGGGACCCCUUCUAUGAGGUGAUGGGCAUUGUCACACUGGAAGACAUCAUAGAGGAGAUCAUCAAGUCGGAGAUCCUGGAUGAAACUGACCUCUACACUGACAAUCGGAAGAAACAGAGGGUCCCACACCGGGAGAGGAAGCGGCAUGACUUCUCCCUGUUCAAGCUUUCCGACUCGGAGAUGAGAGUAAAGAUCUCCCCGCAGCUUCUGUUGGCCACACACCGCUUCAUGGCCACAGAAGUGGAGCCCUUUAAAUCCCUGUACCUUUCGGAGAAGAUCCUGCUCCGGCUUCUGAAACAUCCCAAUGUGAUCCAGGAGCUGAAGUUUGAUGAGAGGAACAAGAAGGCCCCGGAACACUACCUCUACCAGCGCAACCGCCCUGUGGACUACUUUGUGCUGCUUCUGCAGGGUAAAGUGGAGGUAGAGGUCGGUAAGGAAGGCCUUCGCUUUGAGAAUGGAGCCUUUACCUACUAUGGAGUACCAGCCAUCAUGACCACCGCUUGCUCAGAUAAUGAUGUACGGAAGGUCGGAAGUCUGGCUGGAUCCUCCGUCUUUCUGCCCAUCUCUGUGUCUCGUACCUUCGCCUUCAGCAGAGGGGACUCUCUGGCAGGCUCCCCAGUAAACCGGUCCCCUUCUCGCUGCAGCGGGUUGAACCGCUCUGAGUCUCCAAACCGAGAGCGCAGUGACUUUGGUGGGAGCAACACCCAGCUCUACAGUAGCAGCAACAACCUCUACACACCCGACUACUCAGUCCACAUCCUCAGCGAUGUGCAGUUCGUGAAGAUCACCCGACAGCAAUACCAGAACGCACUCACCGCCUGCCACAUGGACAGCUCACCCCAGUCUCCAGACAUGGAGGCCUUCACUGAUGGAGACUCUACCAAGGCCCCCACAACCCGGGGCACACCCCAGACCCCCAAGGAUGACCCUGCCCUCACGCUCCUGAGCAACAGGACCAGCCUGCCGGGCAGCCGCUCGGAUGGGCUGAGAAGCCCAGGCGAGGUGGUGUACCUGAGAAUGGAGGAGCUGGCCUUCACCCAGGAAGAGAUGACAGACUUCCAGGAGCACAAGGCUCAGCCACUCUCGCUGUCCCCUGCAGCUGUUCCCACAACAGCAGCAUCAGACCCUGAGUGUUGUCCUAUCAGCCUGGAUCCAGAGACCAGCCCUUGCAGUAGUGACUUUGAGGAAACCAUGGGCAAGAAGCUGCUGAGAACCUUGAGUGGUCGAAAACGGAAAAGGUCAGCAGAUGGAGAGAGAACCUCGGAGGAAAACUCCAAUUUAAGGCCUCUGAUCACAUGACCGGGCGAACUGGCUGGGUGUGUGAGAGUCCAGGGCUUUGGGGGAGGUCCCACCCUCUCAUCAUCUGCUUUCCUCCCCAAGGCCUCCCACAGGUGACAGAGCACUCUGCCUUCCUUUCCACCUCUUCAUCCCUAGCUGUCAGUUUGGCAGAUUGUUUUCCCCCUCGUCGCCUCCAGUUCAACUCAGAGUCUUGCCG